UAGCCAGUUUUGAGAGGCGUGGGGAUAUCUAUAUAUACGAUGUAUGAGAGCGUAAAGGAUUCUGUUGACGCAGAGAACGAUCAUUUAUUCCAUUCAAGUUACGCAGAUCGUCUUACACCAGUGUCGAAAACAGACGAAGCAAGAAUGUCAAGAAUUGUGAAACUCUUAUCGUUAUCUCUCAUACUGGCCAUCACUAGAACCGUGUUAUGUCAAGAUUACAAUUAUUAUUCGCGUAAACCGGGUUCCUGUCCACCAGCAUUACCUGUGCAAAUUUGCUCAAAAUCUUGUGUCGUGGAUGAACAGUGCCAAGGCAUUGGUAAAUGCUGUCCAACCAGUUGCGGUGGAUUCGUCUGUUCACGUCCGGUCACUAUGAGAAAUCCCACAAUGAAAGAGAAAUCUGGUUCCUGCCCUACUGUACCGACCGGGCGAUGGAUUUGCUCUCCAACAUGCAGUACUGACGGUGACUGCAGAGGGGCGCGGAAGUGCUGCAAAAAUCGCUGCGGCGCGCUUACUUGUCAGAAACCUGAAAUAGAGGCACCAGUCUACGACUAUAAUACGAAUAAUCCAAACCGUUAUUAUGCAUACAGUAAUUGAUGUACCGUGUCUGAAAACACUUCAGAAUAAUCUUGAAAGCCUCGGUACCAUGUAAUUGCAGAGUCAAUGGUAUAUGUACCCCGUGUAUGUACUUAAGUAUUAUUGUAAGAUGAGAUCACUAAUAGCACAAGAAUUGUGUGUGUAACAAAGUGAAACGCCUGAAUUACCAGAGUACGAGAUUGGAAUAAACCAUUACUUCUGUUAUUACCUAAAAGCACGUAUAUAUUGAUUAAUACUCUCUGCAAUGUAAAUAUAGUCUCUAGUUAGUUCA